UUCUCACUCAAGGAUGUGGAGGCACAUGAGUGCAAUGUGACUCAGCUAGGUGUCAGGUGUGGCUUUAAGUCAAAGCUAGCAACAUCAUUCUGUUUCAGUUCAAAGUCAAAUCUCAAAGCUAGCAGGCCAAAUGACGUGUCUUGGACCAAUUGGGCACCGGCGCCUGAUGGGCAUUCUCCUGCUGGGCUGCUUGCUGACCUGUCUACUGUACCGACCUGCUAUCACCUGGCUCCCUGUCCUGGCCAAGCACUUCCAGGCAGAGCACAAACAGGACGUUACCGUGCUGGUCUGGCACUGGCCCUUUGACCAUCCCUUCAAACUGAACUCCUGCAGGUCCUUGUACAACAUCGAAGGCUGUCACCUGACGGCGGACAGAGAGCUGUACAGUCAAGCGGAUGCAGUUCUCAUCCACCACAGAGAGAUCGAAGAGGAUUUAUCCAACCUGCCCCAAGAACCACGGCCCUCCUUCCAGAAGUGGGUGUGGAUGAAUUUCGAAUCCCCGGCACACACCAAUAGAAUACCUGGCUUGGAAAAUCUGUUUAAUGUGACUUUGAACUACAGGCAGGAUGCAGACAUCAACUUGCCUUAUGGAUCUCUCGUCCCUCGGACUAAAGAGACGGAGGAGUUUGUCCCGCAUAAAAACCGACUGGUCUGUUGGAUCGUUAGCAACUGGAACCCAAAACACAAGAGGACUUGGUACUACAUGGAGCUGCGCAAAUUCAUCAGGAUUCACACCUACGGGGACCCUUUCAACAAAAAGGUAUCUCUUAGUGAAUACAGAAUGAUCGUGGCCAGCUGUAAAUUCUACCUGUCUUUUGAGAACUCCGUCCAUAAGGACUACAUUACAGAAAAACUUUAUAACGCUCUCAAGUUGGGCGCUGUUCCAGUGGUCAUGGGCCCGACAAGAGGGAACUAUGAGAAGUUCAUCCCUGGAGAUUCCUUCAUCCAUGUGGAUGACUUCCGCUCGCCCAGAGCCCUGGCCAAACACCUCCUCUUCUUGGACGAGAAUGAGGAGAUGUACCGUAAAUACUUCAAGUGGCAGAGGAUCCACACAGUCCGCAUCAACAGCUUCCCCAUUCAGAAUGCCUGCAACAGCUGUGAGUACAUCAGAGGCCACCCUGAGAAUCGGAUGGUUGCUGAGCUCUAUAAAUGGUUCUGGGAGGAGUGAUGCUGAGACACUUGGAGCAAAUCUACUACAAAUAAACAAUAUCCACUUCUACAUAGUCAGGGAUGGGGGGGAACUGAGCAAAAUGUAUCUUUUACACAAUGGCAGAAGUGCCAAAAAUUAUAUUUAAUUAAAGUACUUUCACCGAACGUUCCCCACUUGAACAAUUAAUGGGGCGUUACAAGUCAUUUUAAUAUUUUUUACUUUUCUUCUGUCUUUUGCUACUGCUCUAUCACAUGUUAACUGAUGUAAACAGUGUGGUGGUGACAACCAACGCUAUCUGCCUGUUUACUAUUGGGUCGUUCCACUAAUGUUGAAACUAUUCCUUUUUGUUAAAUAGAACAUCUAAUAGGUCAAAUCAUAGAGUAAAAGCAGAUUAGCUGGUUCUCUUUUUGGCUGUUUCGUGGUGAAAAAACUGAGCGGGUCGGGCAGAACACGUCAACCGUGUUACUCAUAGAGAGACAGGCUUUCAUUCAAUUGCCAUUCCUUUUUGCAACAACCUUCCAUUCCCCUGUCACAAGUGGAUGUAUGGCUUAUUUAAGAAAAAAUCAUCAGCCCUUUUACUUUUUUGACAUUUAAUAGGCCCUUAAUAUAGUCUUUCAUUUUUUUGAGAUGAGGGAAAAUGUUUUUUUUUAUAGUUGAA